GCAUUGCUCUAAGAAGGGCAUUAACAAUGUCCUGUGGCCAAAUACAGUCUGCCCAUUUUCUGCUUUGAAAUAGGGUCUCUUGUAGCCCUUACUGGCCUCACCGGCUUUGUGCUUGGAGGAGGGCAAACUCAGGCCCCUCUGCAUGCUAAGUUAACACUGUACAAACUGAGCCCCAUCUUCAGCACCACCGCUCCCCACACACACACACACACACACCAUGCAUGCCUGGAAACCAGAGGACAAUUUAGAUACCUUUCUCAAUUACUGUCCCUCCCCAACUUUGUUUUUGAGACAGGGCCUGCCACUGAACCUGAAACUCCCCAAUUCAGCUAGACUGCCUGGCCAGUGAACUCCAAAGGCUCACCCGUCUCCCUUCCCAUUGCUGGAAUUACAGAAAAUAUUUGCUGACUUCCUGUCCUGGAACGACACCUGGACUUAGGUGCAAUAAGUGAGUACAAGCAAGUUGCUGUAUAGUGACAAGAAGCGAAGCUCACACUCUGAACACUGUCACUUGUUUGCCAGAAGAAAAUAUCUCGAGAGCUGUUCGGAGGCUCUGAAGAUGUCUGACAAAAAACAGAUCAUUGCCAGGGCUUCUCUGAUUGAGCAGCUGGUGUCUAAAAGGUAUUUUGAGGAUAUUGGCAAACAGCUUACUGAGCUAGAAAUGAUUUAUGUGUCUAAGGAGCAUCUACAGGAGACAGAUGUAGUCAGAGCUGUAUACAGAGUCCUCAAAAACUGCCCCUCAGUGACUUUGAAAAAGAAGGCCAAGUGUCUGCUGGCCAAGUGGAGAGCUUUCUAUAAGAGUACACCCUUCAAAACAAAGGAAAGCCUUAAAUCACUCCAUUCUGUUGUUAAUAAAGAAGAACGUACAGCAGUUUCUCAGGAUGUGAGCAAGGAUGAGGCAUUAGGUUCUAGUCUUGAUGAGAUGUCAGGUCUCUGUAGUUCUCUCUCUAAGCUGGCAUCCCAAGAUGCUGCAAAGCACGCUGCAGCAAUUGGGUUUGAAUGUAGCACCACUCAAAUGGAAAUUAAUGAAGAAUGUUUGAGGGGUGAUGACUCUGAAUCUACUAGCAAGAGCUCAAGUGUGUUACAAGAUCCCCUAGUGUCUGUUAGAUCUAAAGGUUUAGAGCUUCUUUACACAGCAUUAGCUAGUUCUUCCACAGAUCAUACAAAAACUUAUCUGUGGCAGAACUUUGCAAGAGAAAUUGAAGAGCACAUUUUUACCCUUCAUUCAAGCAACAUCAAAAAGUAUAAAACUUGUAUUCGAAGCAAAGUUGCCAAUUUGAGCGACCCCAGGAAUUCUCAUUUACAACAAAACCUCCUCUCUGGAACCAUGUCUGCAAGAGCAUUUGCUGAAAUGACUGUCCUGGACAUGGCAAAUGAGGAACUAAAGCAGUUGAGAGCUUCCUACACAGAAUCCAGUAUUCAGGAACAUCACCUUCCCAACACAGUUGAUGGCACACAGACAAAUAAAAUAAAGUGCAAGCGCUGUGAGAAAUACAACUGCAAGGUCACUAUAAUUGCCAGAGGAACACUUUUCCUUCCAAGUUGGGUGCAGAAUUCAAACCCAGAUGAACAAAUGACCUACGUCAUUUGUAAUGACUGUGGGGAGCAGUGGUACCAUAGCAACUGGGUGUGCUUGUAAUUUGUAAAUAAUCCCUACAGGGGCAUAUGUUUUAUAUGUAUAACAUAGCCCUUUUGUGCUCAUUUUUUACAGAAUCUUACUGUUAUUUUUGUCUUUGUGAUUUUGGUUUGUGAAAGAUCUCACUAUGUAGC